AUGUCACAUAGAAGAUCAAAAGCUCUGUUUUCAAUCGACUUUGAAAAAGGUGAUUUCCUUCUCUCUCCACCUCCUAUCAAUAACAAUAACAACAACAAUAAACAAAAACAGCAACAGCAACAAGGUAAACCACGUCAAAGAUUAUUAACCUUCCUACUUAUAUCCAUAUUCAUUGUUACUAUAAUUAUGUUAUAUUCAUCAUUUGCAUUUACACCUGAUUUAUCUUCAAUACAAGGGAAUGUAAAAUUACUGGAUAUUACUAACGCAAAUGUGGAGGAGGAUACUUAUACUUUAAUGAAUCAAGAAAAAGAUUGGAAUGUUGUGCCUUCAAGACAAGUAUCUCCAUUGCCAUCAGUAGACGAUGAGGAGAGACGUCAGAAUGAACAAAAUCAACAAGAACAAGUAGAAGACGAGGAGAGAAAUAAUGAACAACAACAAGAAGGAGAAGGAGACGGGGAAUAUGAAGUAGAAGAUCCAGAUACUACAAGCCAAGAAGAAAAAGAACCAAUCUAUAUAAGUGGGGGGGCUCAUCCCCGAGUUCUAAGAAGUCAAGCUGGAACUUCUAGUGAUUUCACCCCACCUGGACCAGCCGCAAUCCCACCUUCUCAACCCCUCUCCCAAUAUCAACGACAAUUAUCCCCAGAUCAAGAUGAUGAUUCUAAUAAUUCUAAUCCCCAAGUCGAUGAUUCAAUCUUGGAUGAUGAUUAUGACGACAAUCAUUCCGAUUUGAUUAAAUCAAACCUAAAAGAGAUCUUCUCCUUAAGUCCAGUUAUAAUAUUAAUCCUUGAUGAAAAUGAUGAUAGAUUAUUUGAAAGCAUUUUAAUUAAUUUAUAUAUUCAUCCUGAACCUAAGACCAUUAAUCUUGCGAAACAUCCUAAUCAUGUCAAUAUUAUUAAUUAUCUUAAACUGAAUCAAAAUAACCCGGGAGAAGAUGAGGAGCAUGAUGAUAGUGAUAUUGAGGAGGUGGGGAAUGAUCAAUUGCCUAGAUUGUUUAUAGGCGGUAGACCUAUGGGGACUAGAGAUGAGAUUGUUUCAAUGUAUGAAAAUAAUGAAUUAGUUGAAUAUUUGAAGAAUAAAGGAAAAGGAUUGAUUACUAUUGAAUGA